CCUUUUGACAGGCCAUAUACGCGUUUCUACCAAAUACGCGUUUGCGUACUUCCUUCUUUCAAUCAACUGCCGCCGACGUUCUCUUUCUUUUCGAGUCCAUACUUCAGAAUGCCUCCGAAGAAGGAUACCAAGGGAUCGGCGAAACAGCCGCAAAAGACCCAGAAGAAGAAGGAGGGAGGAUCCGGCGGAAAGGCCAAGAAGAAGAAGUGGUCGAAGGGAAAGGUUCGUGACAAGCUGAAUAACCAGGUCCUGUUCGAUAAGGCCACGUACGAGAAACUGUACAAGGAGGUACCCGCCUACAAGCUGAUCACCCCGUCAGUCGUGUCGGAAAGGCUGAAGAUUCGUGGAUCGCUGGCGAAGCGCGGCCUACGCGAGCUCUGCCAGAAGGGUUUGAUCAAGCAGGUCGUGCACCAUCACGCACAGGUCAUCUACACCCGCACCACAAAGGGAGACGAUCCGGUGGCGUAAAA